GCAGAGCAGACAGGCUCUGCGGCAGCGACUCAUCCUAUCGAUAAGGUUCAGUUAGCCAAGGUGGAGGAUGGGAAAAGAAUGGAACUGUCCCAGCUACUCAAUGAGAUCAGGGCAAACUAUGAAAAGCUCCUCACCAGAAAUCAGAUAGAGACGGUGCUCUCAACAAGGAUCCAGCUAGAGGAAGAUAUAAGCAAAAAAAUGGACAAAGACGAAGAGGCUUUAAAGGCAGCUCAAGCAGAACUCAAGGAAGCCCGACGCCAGUGGCACCACCUGCAAGUGGAAAUUGAAUCUCUCCAUGCUGUGGAAAGAGGCCUUGAAAACUCCCUACAAGCCAGUGAGCAGCAUUACCAGAUGCAGCUGCAAGACCUAGAGGCUGUGAUUGAAGGACUAGAAAAAGAGUUACAGGAGGUGAGGCGCGGCAUCGAGAAGCAGCUUCAGGAGCAUGAGAUGCUUCUCAACACGAAGAUGAGGCUAGAACAAGAAAUAGCAACAUAUCGCCGCCUCCUAGAAAAGGAAGAACUCAGGUAUUAUGGUUGUAUCCAAGGUGGGAAAAAAGACCAAAAACCUACCACAAGUAGAGUUGGUUUUGUUUUACCUUCAGCAAUUAUAAAUGAAAUAUCUUUUUCAACAAAAGCCCCACAAAAGUAUGAGAAUGAAAAAGUGGAAACAGUGACCAAACAGGCAGUGUUAAAUGGAAAUAUCGUGAAGGAGAGCACCGAAGCUCAUGGCACUAUUCAGACAGAGAAAGUGGAUGAAGUUAUUAAAGAAUGGGAAGGUUCCUUCUUUAAAGAUAACCCUCGAUUAAGGAAAAAAUCUGUUUCUCUUCGGUUUGAUCUUCAUUUAGCAGCUACCGAUGAAGGGUGUUUACAGACUAAACAGGAUAAUCUACCAGAUAUAGAAGUCAGGCUCAUCAUGAGAAGGUCAUGCAGUAUCCCCUCUAUCAAACCUCCACCAGCAGCUAAUUAAUCCAAAGAUAGCAUUUGACUUGCUUUGAAAAUGGUAAUAGGAUGGACCAAGGUGGGCCAUACUGACCCCCUUCUGUCUCAAAAUGUAAGUUACUAAGUACGUAUGGAAAAUGUUAUGAUCAAUAUGUGAUUUUCUUAAGAAAAAAAAAUCAGUAAGGGACAAAAGUUUCUCUGAAUCUAAUUAUGGAUAAAUAUUUUUGGAGAGGGGAAGCUUUAAAAUAAAAUCAGAAAUUCAGUAUGGUUUCUAUUUUAUUCAUUCUCCAAAAAGUCAUCUUUUUCCUUUGAAAUUUUAUCAGGCACUAUAAACAUUAAGCUGGCUUAAAGUCUUUGUAAUUUUGCUCAAUGACUAAAUAAGAAAAAAAGAAUAGUUUGUUUGAAUAUGAUUGAAUUAUAUUAAAUGUCGCACUGAGUUACUCAUCAUUAUUUCAUGACUGGUUAAACCUAAAAAGUUUGUUCUACUUAAAAAAGAAAGCAAUUAUAAACAAACUUUUAAAGAAGGACUCACUAAUCACUUAACUAGGAUUUUUCCUUUUGAGACAAUCAUUUGUACACUUACAAAAAUAAGAGGUUUUUUUUUUCCAUGAGCAAUUCUAAGCAAACUAUAGAACACACCCCAAAGCUAAUUUGAUGAUUAAAUGAAAUCAAGUUAAUCUACAUCUGAAAGUUUUUUGUAAUCAGUAUCUGAUUUCUAGAAGUUACUUUAUUUGAAGAACUUUAAAGGUUGUAUUUCUCCCACCCUCCCCCCCCAAAAAAAUUGGAAGACCAUCUGCACAAAGAAAACAUGAAAAGCAAAUUGAAAAGGUAGUUACUGUAGUUACUAGAACAGUUACCAAUCUCUCACCAUCCCAAUUUUUCCAACUGUAAAGUUAAAUGUGAUUAGAGUGUUUGCUACAAGCCUUAGAUACUAUAUGAAGUAUUAUAUAUAUUUCUUGCAAUCAUUUAUGUAAACUAAGAUAACAAUAUUGUUAUCUAUGCUAAGAGUAUUUGCAGGAUUUGUUUUUAAAUUGUUCAAACUGUAAUAACUGUGGAUAGAAAAUACAUUUGUGAAUAAGUGAAUACUGUUACAAAGUUUUUAAAAUAACCUAAUCUGUUUAAUACAGGUUUAUUUAUUUUAAGACCUUAAAUAAUAAAUACCUGUUUUAAAACAUUAGAAAUUUAUAGGCUAUUAAUUUUUUCUAAGCAGAAAAAAAUGGUUGAGUACCACUCACCAUACUUUUUUCCAGCUGAAGUAUUAUCUAAGGGCUACAGCUAUGUUAGCAUUUUAGCACAGCCUUUAAAAAUCAGUCCCUAUCUCUCUCUCUCUCUCUCUCUCUCGCUCUCUCUAUACAUAUAUAUAUAUCAGAAAAAUUAUGUUAAUCUUUAACAUAACACAGGUAUAUAAAAUUUUUAAUUUUCUUUCAAUGACUUCAGAUUUUUUUUAGCCUGGCUUAUUCUAUUUAGUGAAAAGUGAUGAUUUUGUUUUGUCAAGGAUACAAUAGCAUGUUACAUGCUUAUUCUUGCAUAAGCAUCUGACCUAAAAUACAUCCUAUGUAUAAAAAUGUUUCUUUCAAUAUUAAACGCUACUAACUUUAUUAAAGCUUUAAAAAUGCAAUCAUAUACGCUAUUGUACUAAAGUUACUGUACUAAGCAACAGUGAUCAUAAUAAAGCAAUAUAUCCAGUGUAAUCUAUUGCAGUGUUCAAAACUCAGUACUGGGCAUCAUGAAUGUAACUGCUUGUUAUAGUAAUUCCACUAUGCAGCUAUUGUGUGUGUAACAUGUAUGUUUUAAAAUACAGUACUGUACUUGAAUUUAUAACAAAAGUUUUAUUUGCUUUGGGACAUUUUAAAUUGGGAUAUGAAUUUACCAAAGUAAAUGAUACCAUUACAAUAAAAAAAAAUUGAAACAUAAA